AUGAAGUUCCUGGCCCUGCUUUUCCUGCUGUCAGUGGGCGCAGCCAGCGCCGAGGUCUCACCCCGGGCUGUGUGGCUGUUCCGUGAAAUGAUCAAGUGCACCCUGCCCAAGAGCCACCCACUGCUGGACUUCAACCACUAUGGCUGCUACUGUGGCUUGGGGGGCAGCGGCACUCCAGUGGACGAGCUCGACAGGUGCUGCCAAGUACACGAUAACUGCUACUCACAGGCGCAGAAACUAGAAGCCUGCAGAUUCCUCCUGGACAACCCCUACACUAAAUUUUACCGCUACAGCUGUUCUGAUGGGGAGAUCACAUGUAGCAGCAAGAACAAGGAGUGCGCCAUGUUUAUCUGCAACUGCGACCGCGCCGCUGCCAAGUGCUUCGCCACGGCACCCUACAACCCCGAGUACAAGCACCUGGACACCAAAAAAUACUGCAAAUAA